AUGCCUCGUCGUACUGCUUAUGCUUUGUAUAAGGAAAUUAAUAACAAGUUCACAACAUUUUCUCUCUCUGUUGCAACGUUUAUUGAAGCGAGAUCAUUGCUAAACGUCCCCGAAAAACAAUGGAAGUUGUUUUCAGUACUAGUGUACGUUCACAUUGUGCUCUCUAUUUGUCUAUGUGUGUCUGGAAUUGUGUGCUUUUGCCUUGGUAUGGUUCAUUCAGUCUUGUACAAUGAAGUAAGCUGCAGCAACGGUGUAGACCUGUUUAUGCCCUUUUUAAAUGUGGUGUCCUCAUUUGCUGGCCUCAUUGCAGUUAGAGCACUGCAUAUGAGUUGGCCUCCUCUUAUCCAUGUGGUCACAUUGUUCCUAGCUAUUUGGUCUCUUACAGUGAUUACGGUGGUUUCUUGUGCGGAUGCUAACGACUGGUACUCACAAGCGUUUGGCACACCGGAACCUAUACCAAGUGGUAUAAAAUUCACUAAUUGGGCAAAAAUCUUCGCCGAUAUUGAUGUGGUCAUAACAGUAGUUGCUGCAUUGAGCUUGGUGGUGGAUUGCGUCGAACUUGCUGUUUACGUGAAGUACUGGUUUCUAAGACCUAACACUCUCUGA